AUGGCUGCACUUCACAGAAGAUUGAAACCAUCAUCUGGGGUCACCAUGUUCCUCAUUCUGAGGAGGAUUGUCUGGAUUUUUGUUCUGGGGAUUGGAUUUUUUACCCUCUGUUUUCUGAUGACUUCACUGGGCGGCCAGUUUUCAGCCAAGCGAUUAGCAGAUUCUCCCUUUACAAUGAGGACAGAGGUGCUGGGAACAGGAGAAUCCCGGGGCACCCUGAGAAGAAUGAAUGACAUCCUAGAGACCCUAGUGCGAAGGAUGGACGUCUUGUCUCAUCUGGAGAACAUCAGUGAAUUUCGCAGGGGAGAGGAAGUUGGUCACUUUACUCUAGACAGUUUGCAAACUGCUGGCCUUAUGGAAAAGAUCCAGUCUAUCGCUCAGAACGUUUCUGACAUUGCAGUUAAAGUGGAUCAGAUAUUGCGGAACAGUCUCCUGCGAGGGAAGGGGCUGGAGGGUCAGAGGGAUCUCUGUGACAUUCCACGGGACCCUCGAUUCCCAGACUGCUCUUCAAAAGUGGAGUGGAUGCGUUCUCGCUGGACCUCAGAUCCUUGCUACGCCUUCUAUGGGGUGGAUGGCACUGAGUGCUCCUUUCUGGUGUAUCUGAGUGAAGUUGAGUGGUUCUGCCCAUUGCUGCCAUGGAGGAAUCAGUCUCUCAGCCAGUUUUCCAAACCUCACCUCAAAAAACAGGCUGCCUUCCGCACUGAGCUCUCAUCCCUAUUGGACCUCAUGGGAACAGGCAAGGAAUCUCUGAUCUUCAUGAAGAAGAGGCUACGGAGGCUGGAGGUUCAGUGGCUGCUUGGUGCUCGUAGGCUGGAGAGCAAAAUACAGAACACCCCAAAUGAACAGAAACAGAUCUUAGUUCACAUUGGCUUCCUGACGGAGGAAUCUGGGGAUGUGUUCAGCCCACGUGUCCUGAAGGGAGGACCCCUUGGUGAGAUGGUGCAGUGGGCAGAUAUUCUGGCAGCUCUGUACAUGCUGGGCCACAGCCUGAAGAUAACUGUAUCUGUGAAGGAGCUACAGAGUUAUUUAGGAGUCCCACCUGGGAGAGGUAAUUGCCCCUUGACAGAGCCACUUCCGUUCGACCUCAUCUAUACAGAUUACCAUGGAAUGCAGCAGAUGAAGCAACACAUGGGACUAUCCUUCCGUAAAUACAGGUGCCGUCUACGUGUAGUGGAUACGUUUGGGACAGAACCUGCAUACAACCAUGAGGAAUAUGCAACUCUCCACGGCUACCGCACUAAUUGGGGGUACUGGAAUUUGCACCCCAAGCAAUUCAUGACCAUGUUCCCUCAUACUCCAGAUAACUCCUUUAUGGGUUUUGUGACUGAUGAACUGAAUGAGACAGAACGUCAGCAAGUGGCUCAGAACAAAGUCCGGAAUAUGGCUGUAGUAUAUGGGAAAGAGGCUGCCAUGUGGAAGCUGCAGGGUAAAGAGAAGUUCCUGGCAGUGUUGCAUAAGCACAUGGAAAUUCAUGGGACAGUUUAUUUUGAGACACAGAGGCCACCCGAGGUCCCGGCUUUUGUGAAGAAUCAUGGUCUCCUGCCACAGCAGGACCUGCAACAGCUGUUAAAGAAAGCCAAGCUUUUUAUUGGCUUUGGAUUCCCAUAUGAAGGGCCUGCCCCCUUGGAAGCAAUAGCCAAUGGCUGUGUAUUCCUGCAACCACGUUUCAACCCCCCACAUAGUUCACUGAAUCAUGAAUUCUUCCGUGGAAAGCCAACAUCAAGAGAAGUCUCCUCUCAGCACCCUUACAUGGAGAUGUCUAUCGGAAGGCCGCAUGUCAUAACCGUGGAUUACAACAACACGCAGGAGUUUGAGGCAGCAGUCAAGGCGAUAAUGAGGAGCAAGGUUGAGCCAUUUGUUCCUUAUGAAUACACCAGCGAGGGGAUGCUUCAGAGACUUCAUUCCUACAUCCAGCAUCAGGAGUUUUGCUCCCCACCUCUGCCCUCUCCCCUCUUUGUUAACCAGUCCCAGGUCCCUUUAUCCUCUUCCCUGCUUCUCAUUAAUCACACACACCUGGUCUGGCCCCCCAGUGUAAACCCUCCCCAGAUGUGGCCCCCAGUCUCCUCCAUGCAGGUCUGGCUGUCUGAGGAGGGGGAGUCCUGCAGCAGUGCAUGCUGGGAGCGCAACCUAAUCUGUGAGCCGGCAUUCUUCAGUAUCAUCAACAGGCGGAGCGCCCUAGAACAGCUGGGUGCCCACUGUGACAGCACAGAGUCCGUCAUGAGUCACCUGUACCCUGCAGUGUCCGUGCCAGUCCGUGAGUGCUACCUUCAGAGGGAACCGCUGCUUUUUAGCUGCUCAGGGCAGAGUACCAAGUUCCGCCGCCUGUGUCCUUGCCGUGAUUACCGCCCAGGACAGGUAGCCUUGUGUCAUGACUGCUCAUGAAACCAGAAACAGGCCGUGUUAUGGAAGGAUUCUACACCUGCAACUUCACUAAGACUUCAUAUUUCCUGCACUUGGAGGGAACCGCAUGCUGAAGCAUAAAGCAAUACUAAGUAUGGACCAGACAUGAGCAAGCCAGGGAAAUAUUUUGUGGAGCCGCAUAAUCUUACAAGUACUUUGACCCUUCCACUGCCAGAGGAGCCUAUAGCGUAAAGCACAAUAACAAAUGUCAACUGAAGGAACAUGGGAAAGUAAAUAAUCACUGUUUGUUAAACUGCACUGUUGUGUGACACAGAGACCCUUAAAUGGGGACAAGAUGCCCGGCUGGUGACACAUCACUACAUCCCUUACAAGGCUGCAGUCAGGGUGCGUCUGUUAGACAGACAGACUUUUUUUUUUUUUACAGACCAGAGAAAUACAUAUUCAAAUUAGCGGACCAAAUUAAUGAGUUCA